AAAGAUGGCGGCUGUAGUCAGGUGUGCCCCUCACAAAGAUGGCGGCGGCUGCCCCUCAGAACGAUGGCAUCUGCGUUAAGGCUUACCCCUCACAAAGAUGGCAGCUCAAGUCUCUUCCCGGAGAACGGGUCCAUACGUGUCCCUUAACAGAAAGGGGCCGUGCGCGUGCGCAUGCGCAUUCGGGGGCAAAGCGAAGGAAGAUGGUUAAGAAGCGAGAGGGGCUGAGCGUCGCUCAAGAGAUUGAUGGCCUGGAGGAGAAGCUGUCCCUCUGCAGACAAAGCAUGGAGGAGGUGGACCUUAAGCUGCUCAGAGAGGAGCUCAGUCCUGAAGGAAGAAAGUCACUGGAGAGAGAGAGAAGCCUGCUUGUGACCAAAGCUGAAACCUAUGCUGACUUCACAAUGGUCCCUGAAGAGACUGGAUUCUCAAGUAGCAGCAGUGCAGGGGCUGUUCAGCAGGCUGCAUGCAGCAGACCCAGUGCCACACUAAACGCCCCUGCAGAAAGCUGAAAUCCUGCUCUAGGAACCCAUCACAGGAGAGAGAACUAAAAGUGCUCCGUCAGGAAAAUCGCAAGAACGCGGCCAUUGCAAUGGCCAUAGUACUGUUGAUUAUUGUUGUUUACACCUGCUGGACAAUGUAGUCAUGGUUCAGAACUCUCACUACUGACCACAGGGCUCCACUGCAAAGACCUCUUCCUUCUCCAGCUGAUGUGCCUCCCACCCAGGGGCUGGUCAGCUUUUCAGACCAUUAGGCACCUGCAGUCUUCAUGGCCUGGACAGCCUUCUCUCUGGCAGCUGAGGAUCUUGAAGGCAACGGGAAGCUACAGACACAGCACAAGUGGGUUUGGAGAGCAGACUGAAGUUCAGCUGGAGCCAUCUCCUCCACAUACUGGCCUGGGGGGCCCAUGGAACAGAGACUGCAAAUUAAUGUCACGGGGAUGAAUGCCCCAAGUUCCCCUUUUCCUAGUGGGCCUUCUCUGUUCCUUGCUGCUCACUACAAGGUUUUGGAACCUGAAAUCCUCUCUGCUCUGCCCAGGCAGAACCUGGGAAAGCUUCCCUCUUACUGUGCCUCAACCCUGAGCUGAAGGGACCAAUCUCUAGAGCUCAAUGGGGGAGUUCAGUCAUUGUGCCCCUCUCCUGUGAUUGCCAAAAAUCCCCAUGUGUAGUAGUGCCAGUUAUAGGGACACUUUUUUCAAAAUAGCUUCCCGCUAAUCUGGAGGGGGCCAGAGGAGUCACUACCUGAAAAUGGGGUCUUUGGGGUGGUGUUUUCCUGCCACUCAGCCAAAUGAACUAAGAGGGCAGGAAGACAAUAGCAGUUCCUAAACCCUGGGUAUUGGUGUAUGUCUAUGUACAGCCCCGCCAGGCAGGGCCCAGCAAAGGGAACUGCAGUCUCAGACGGAUAGUUCUGGGACACCAAGGAUUAAAACUCACUGGCUUAAUGGUGGGGCGCUCUGAACUCAGGGCUGAAGCUGUAUUGUUUUUUAAAUAAAGUCAUUUGAACAUA